CUUUCAUGCACUGCGAAGUAGUUGCCGUGCGUGAAACAACUCCGUCAGGGACGAACGUUUUCACAAGUGAACUUGACGCAUUUUGGAUUCAUCAAUGAGCUCGUCCAGGCACUUGUAGCUGCUUGGAGUGAAGACCGGACUGGGAGACCGCUACCAGGAAAACGACCCGUUUUGUCUUCCAGUCGGGAUUCAACAUGAAAUUCUGGAUUUGUGUACUUGCUGUCAGCUGGGCAGUUGAAGCGACACACGGGGGGACCAGCCAGGGGCCCUGUAGUGGGCUGGACUGUAGUGGAGGAUGUAACUGUAACCCAGAGAAAGGUGGCAGGGGGCGUCCAGGGGCAUUGGGGCCAGUAGGACCCGGUGGACCAGAGGGGUUCCCAGGCGACCAAGGGCCUUUAGGGCAAAAAGGAGAGAAGGGCCACUUCGGACGCAUGGGCCCCUCUGGGCUGAAAGGAGACAAGGGGCCCAUGGGCGUACCAGGGUUCCCAGGAAACGAUGGAGUCCCAGGUCACCCAGGUCAGGACGGUGGCAGGGGUCUACCAGGGUUUGAUGGAUGUAACGGUACCCAGGGAGACCCAGGUCCCAGAGCUGUAGAUGGAGGAAUACCUGGAGCUUCAGGACUCCCUGGGCCUAAGGGUCCUAAAGGGCAGAAGGGAGAAGCUGUAUAUGUUGGAACCAGAGGGGGAGCUCCUGGUUUGCCUGGACUGGACGGUGUACCUGGUCCUGGAGGUCCUGAUGGAAGGGCUGGUGACAUCGGCCCCAGUGGUCCUGAUGGAUUCCUUGGUAAUCCAGGUCCCCCCGGUCCCCCUGGUCCUGUAGGGAGCCCCAGCCUCGGCUUCCGGGGGGAGCCAGGAGCUAAGGGCAACACGGGGCCACCCGGACCUCGAGGCGUGCCCGGCGACGAGCCGCUAGUAGGCUCAUCUAUUACCACUAUCUACAAAGGAGAUAAGGGGGAAGGGGGUUACAAAGGAGUGCGUGGACCAUCUGGUAGACCCGGCCCAGCUGGUCCUUUUGGCUAUCCUGGUGAGAAGGGAGAGAAUGGAAUUCUGGGAUAUCCAGGGGGACGGGGUCCUCCUGGUUUUAAUGGCCCCCCCGGAUCUCCAGGAAGACCAGGAUUCACAGGCAGUCCAGGGUUCCCCGGGCAACCAGGCUACAGUGGACCUAAGGGUGACCAGGGGGAACAGGGGCCUCCCGGGCCCCCCAUCUACGCAGACACACAAGGGUUGGCUGUUCAAGGAGCACCAGGUGACAAUGGUAUCGACGGUUUCCCCGGCCAACCUGGUGACACUGGCUCUCCAGGGUUUCCAGGACAACCAGGACGACCAGGCGACUCCUUCGGCGAUGGUCGAGGGGGCAGCCCAGGGUUCCCUGGCACCUUAGGACCUAAGGGAGAGAGGGGUAACCCCGGCAGACAGAGCUACGGCCCUGAGGGCCUACCAGGAGGACCGGGAUUACCAGGACCCCCCGGACCUCCCGGACCACCAGGCAGAUCUGUCAGCAUCCAGCCCGGCAGGUUUGACAAUCUACCAGGAGCGCCAGGACGACCAGGAGGCCAGGGACCACCUGGAGCCAGUGGAUACAAAGGACCCAAAGGGGAACUGGGUGACUGUAACUGCCUGGGAGGAGGCACCACGGGUGGGGUGGGGGCCCCGGGGGCUCCUGGGUCUGAUGGAAGACCUGGUGCCUUCGGCAGGAAGGGCGAAAGCGGAGACCCAGGCAUACCCGGUUUCGGAGGACAACCAGGAACACCUGGCCGUGUGGGCGAGAGGGGUUUCUUCGGGCGUAAAGGAGAAAAGGGUGCCUCCUUCUACCCCACGUUCAGCGGAGGGAUCCAGGGUGAACAAGGGGCCCAGGGCCUUCGAGGGCCCCCUGGAAACAUGGGCCGACCCGGGAGAGACGGACUUCCUGGGUCCCCCGGACAGCCUGGGCCUCCUGCUGAUGUUGAUGGCUAUGGAACCAUUGGAGAGAGAGGAUUCCCAGGGAUCUCAGGCGCCAAAGGUCGCGCCGGUGAACCUGGAGAGAACGGGAUUGGCUACCAGGGUUCCGUCGGCUCCCGUGGGUUUCCAGGCGACUCGGGCUUUGCGGGGUUACCAGGGCAACCUGGUUUACCUGGCCCUCCAGGGCUGACGCUACCAUGUCGUCUACCUGGUGAGGAUGGAAACCCAGGCCUCCCUGGAAUACCUGGAAGACUAGGUCCCAAGGGCGAGUCAGGUUUCCCAGGGGGUCCCGGUCGGCCCGGUUUUGACGGAGGGAAGGGAGAGAGAGGAGACCCAGGUUACGGGGGCCAGCCUGGGCCACAAGGUUUCCCUGGCCCCAGAGGAGAUGCGGGUGGCCCAGGUAUCCCAGGCGAGGGUCGUCCAGGGGCCCCAGGAAAGAACGGGCUCCCGGGGCGGCCAGGGGGGAAGGGCCGGCCGGGGGAGGUGCUGGGGUCCUCAACAGGGCUCCCUGGAACACCUGGGUUCCCAGGAGGACCAGGAGACAAGGGAGAGCCAGGAGCAUCAGGACGUCCCGGAGGAUCAGGUUUUGAUGGUCGGUCGGGCAUUCCCGGAGCUAAGGGUGAGCGCGGUACGGAUGGCUACCCAGGAACUCUAGGUCUUCCCGGACUUCCUGGAGACAGAGGCAAUGGAUUUCCCGGUCCUGCUGGACCAGCCGGAAGCAAAGGAUUUCCUGGUCCUCCAGGCUACCCCGGUUUAAAAGGAGCCAGAGGUGACACGGGCUUCCCAGGCCCAACUGGGAGGAAGGGACAACCAGGACAACCAGGAGGGGAUGGAUCAUCAGGACUCAGGGGCCUUCAGGGACCACUGGGCCCAGGGGGAAGAAACGGCAUCCCUGGGGGACCAGGAAGGAAGGGCGAGAGAGGUUACCCUGGACUGGUAGGAUUCCCCGGAAUGCCAGGUAACCCUGGAAGACCUGGUGGACCAGGAGGUAAAGGAGCUCCGGGGUUCUCAGGAAAAGACGGCCUGCCCGGUGACUUCGGAGCGCCAGGACCUAAAGGUGACCAAGGUUACCGUGGUCUCCCCGGCCCACCCGCUCUGCCCCCUAGAGUAGAUUACCUGGAGAAGGGACAGAGGGGCGACAACGGUGCCAACGGACUACCUGGUUUCCCUGGACCUAGAGGUGAUAAGGGUUUCCCAGGCCAGCCUGGUCGUCAGGGUUUGCCCGGGCUGCCUGGUUAUGCUGACAGGGCUAAAGGGGAACCAGGACUCCCCGGUCUCCCCGGACGCCCAGCCGGGCCAGGCUACCCGGGCCCUGUUGGAUCUCCUGGUAUCAUCGGCUUCCCUGGCAUGCCUGGACCAAGGGGUGACGAUGGCAGGCCUGGUUUCCCUGGUAACCCUGGAGUCCCUGGUCAGCCAGGUGCUAAAGGGGAGAGAGGUGACUCGUCCGGCUACCCCGGAAGUCCCGGAGCUAAAGGUGAGUCCGGAACCCCCGGUUACCCAGGUGGCCAAGGUGCUAAUGGCGCCCCCGGCGACAACGGUUUCCCAGGGGGCCCUGGGUUCAGUGGACAGAAGGGAGAACCGGGAGUUCCUGGAAGACCCGGACUCUUAGGUACCCCUGGUUUCACCGGGGCUAAGGGUCUGAACGGAUACCCAGGAGGAAGAGGUCUCGACGGGACGACUGGCCGCCCCGGCUCCCCUGGAUCAUCUGGAGAAAAAGGUCUGUCGGGAUCUCCUGGUCUUGAUGGACUCAACGGACUGGCUGGACCUAACGGUCUACCAGGAACCCCGGGUUAUAGUGAGGAGGGGCGCCCCGGCACCCCUGGAGCGGCCGGUUUGAAGGGAGAGAGGGGAUCCUCCAUCCCUGCCCCGGGGUACAACGCGGAGAAGGGAGCGAGAGGAGAGUCAGGGGGUCCUGGUAUGACGGGCUUCCCAGGUCUGCCUGGUCGCCGUGGGGAGACAGUUGGCUCCAAUAUCCCUGGACCUCUGGGAGACCCAGGCCUGCCCGGACUCGAUGGAGAAGAAGGUUACGGUGGUCCUCCAGGCCCCCCAGGCCCACCGGGGCCCAGUACGGCCCAGGGAGACAGGGGUGACGCUGGGCUACCUGGCUUCCCCGGCACCCCUGGGAGACGUGGAGACCCUGGAGGUCCCGGUGGCCCGGGAAGGGAAGGCAGCCCUGGGUUCAAUGGAGAGAGAGGCGACUCUGGGUACAGUGGAGUGUCAGGAACCAAAGGCUACCCUGGAGAUCCAGGAUAUUACGGAGGGAAAGGACCCAAAGGAAGGAAAGGUUCUUCUGGUCGUAAGGGGCCCCCAGGUAUAACUUUACCCCGCCCGAGAUUCCCGACGCCGUAUGGAGACUUGGGAGGCCCUGGGCUCAACGGAGCUCCAGGGGCCAUGGGAGAACCAGGCAAUCCCGGCAUUCCAGGCAGAGGGGGUCCUAAAGGCAGGCCCGGUGCGGUGGGGAAGCUGGGGAGGAACGGAGGGCCAGGUCUGGAUGGACCUCUGGGAGACCCUGGUUCUCCUGGUUUCCCUGGACCUUCCGGAUCACAAGGUCUGCCUGGUAAGCCUGGUCUGCAGGGUCCCCCUGGCAGUGUGGCCCGCAGCAGGAGUGUUGGUUUCACCCUGGUGAAACACAGUCAGAACAACCAGGUACCCAUGUGUCCCCAGGGCAUGUCCCGGCUCUGGGAGGGAUACAGUCUGCUCUACGUAGAGGGGCAGGAGAAGGCACACAACCAGGAUCUCGGUAUGGCGGGCUCCUGCCUCCCCCGUUUCAGCACUGUCCCCUUCCUCUACUGCACGCCCAACGAGAUCUGUUACUACGCCAGCCGCAACGACAAGUCCUAUUGGCUGUCCACCACUGCGCCCAUCCCCAUGAUGCCGGUGGGAGAGGAGGCCAUCAGCCAGUACAUCAGCAGGUGCUCCGUGUGCGAGGCCAUGUCCCAGGCUGUGGCUGUCCACUCCCAGGACCUCACCAUCCCCACCUGCCCUGCUGGCUGGAGGUCCCUCUGGAUCGGGUACUCCUUCCUCAUGCACACAGCUGCCGGGGCAGAGGGCGGAGGCCAGUCCCUUGUUUCACCCGGGUCCUGUCUGGAAGACUUCCGUGCAACUCCCUUCAUCGAGUGUAACGGGGCUAAGGGCACCUGCCACUUCUUUGCCAACAAGUACAGCUUCUGGCUGACCACGGUGGAGCCUAACCGCGAGUUCAACCCCCCUCCGAUGGACACGCUGAAGGGAGGCAACCAACUCAGCAGAGUCAGUCGCUGUCAAGUCUGCAGUAAGAUCUUGUAGCCGGGAGAAGUGUCGAAGAUAGAGAGAAGAAAGGGAAAACACAGAGACUGAAACAACAAAAGAGAGGGUGAUGAUUACUUCUCAGAAAGAAAAAGAGAGAGGAGGUAAAAAAUUAAAAAACAAUCCCCCUUAAAAAAAAAUUCUUGACCAGAUGACUGACUGAAUUUAAGCACCGUCCCCUGCUUCAUCCCAGGAUCUCACUUGGGGUGUAAAGGUGUCCUGAAGGGCUGACGAGGGCACUUCUGUGGGUUUACGAUGCGUGAAUAUCGAUGUUAGAGAGAGGGGGAUGGAUAUAGAACGAGAGAGAGAGAGAGAGAGGAGGGAUGGAGAGAUGUGGGGUCUUGGUUUUGAUUGCUCUGCACUAGGAUAUCACUGACAGUGUUGCUAAUAUGUGUCUUUAUGUGGGUGUUUUAUCGUUACUAUGGCUACGUGGUCUGAAAACAUUCACGGCUACCUACUGCAACUGCAAACCAACCCUUCGGACCACACUGAACCGUUUCCCCUUCCUGGCUACGUCCCACAUGCCCCCCUAUUCCCUAUAUAGUACAGUACUUAUGGCUUGGGCUCCAUAGGCCUCUGGUCACAAGUAGUGAACAAUACAGAGUUCCAUUUGGGACAGAUCUCUACCAUAACAACUACAGUCAUAAACCUGAGAGACCUGCUAUUCUGUACAUACCUAUUUACUGCUAGCCAGCCACUUUAACACACACACACCAAUGAUAUCUUUGAUGUCUGAGAUACAGUAAGACUCUAUUAUUACCAAUAUGUCUUUUUUUUUAUGUUACCCUACUCCGGGACUCAACUUGACAACAGUUUGGAAAAAGGCACUUUUAAAAUACUAGAAUGAUUGGCAUAGAUAGUGAGACAACAUCAUCCAAUGACGAAUCACAGUAUUAGAACAAAAACAAUUGGUCAUAAGAGACCAUGUAUGUGAAUGUAUUGCACUGAUGUGAAUUCCAAUAAUGGGUAAGAUAUAAAUGUCAGUCCGUCUGUAACAGUCAGUCCGCAACGUUUGACUUGUCAAUCAAACGUGUGCCUUUUCAGUUUAGCUAUAGUGACGGACGGUGAAGAUUUAGGUUCAGCACCACAGAAACAAACCUAUCAGCUCCUCGAUUCACUGCUGGCACACAAAUCAUCAACAACAAAUGCACAUGAUUAUUAUGGUUAUUUCAUCUCACUCCACAAUUGAUGUUUCCGCCCACAGUGAGAUCCUGAUAGUUGUGAAAAGGGGUGGGACUUGUAAUGCAAAUGUACUGUAACUGCCACAGAGCGGAGAGGAUACCACAAGAGCGUUGGGCCAGUAACCGAAACGUUGCUGGUUCGAAUCCCUCGCUGAUUAUGUGACAAAUCUGCCGAUGUGCCCUUGAGCAAGGCACUUAACAUUAAUUGCUCCUGUAAGUCACUCUGGAUGAGAGCGUCUGCUAAAUUAGUAAAAUGUCAAAUUAAAGUUGCUUUAUGGCAAUUACAUUUGCCCAAGACAAACACAAAUGUUCGGGGAAACAGAUAUAGAGCACUGCUACUUUACUUCAACUCUCUCGCUGACUAGAAUGGGUGACCAAGCUGAUAGUACGAUGCACCAAAUCAUACUAUCAUUUAAAACCGUCAUAUUCUGCAGGGUUUCACUCACUCACUCUGCUCACCUCGCUAGCCUAUCUGCUCACCUCGCUAGCCUAUCUGCUCACCUCGCUAGCCUAUCUGCUCACCACGCUAGCCUAUCUGCUCACCUCGCUAGCCUAUCUGCUCACCACGCUAGCCUAUCUGCUCACCUCGCUAGCCUAUCUGCUCUCCAUGUUUUGUGACCAAAAUGUUUUUAGUUUUUUUAUAAAAACCCGCCACCCACCAUGCUCAAGACAAAACAUACAAGUACGCAAUAACCGCUUGGAAGGAAUCCCAAAUAAAUUGAUUUUGUCCCCCCACACCAAAUGCGAUCACGACACGCAGGUUCAAAUUUCUAAACAAACUGUGAACUAUUUGUUAAUUUGAGGACAGGUCAAAAAGCGCUAAACAUUUAUGGCAAUUUAGCUAGCUAGCUUGCAGUUGCUAACUAAUUUGUCCUAUUUAGCUAGCUUGCAGUUGCUAGCUAAUUUGUCCUGGGAUAUAAACGUUGAGUUGUUAUUUUACCUGAAAUGCACAAGGUCCUCUACUCCACCAAUUCAUCCACACAUAAAACGGUCAACCAAAUAGUUUCUAGUCAUCUCUCCUCCUUCCAGGGGUGGCAGGUAGCCUAGUGGUUGAGCAUUGUGCUAUUAACCAAAAGGUUGCUAGAUCGAAUCCCUGACCUGACAAGGUAAAAUCUGUCGUUCUGCCCCUGAACAAGGCAGUUAACCCACUGUUCCUAGUCCAACAUUGUAAAUAAGAAUUUGUUCUUAACUGACUUGCCUGGUUAAAUAACAUUUUUAAAAAUGUUUAAAUCCAGGCUUUUUCUUCUUUGGACUUUAUAUGGCGAUUGGUGUUACCACGAUGACCAACCGAACUCAGUUAACCUUUCAAUCACCCACGUGGGUAUAACAAAUGAGGAGAUGGCUCGUGGGUAUCUGCUUCUAUAAACCAAUAAGGAGAUGGGAGAGGCAAUAAUUGAAUAACAUGUAUGUGUACAUUUAUUUUGCAGCGCUCGCACACACAGUACAAGUGGUGUAGUCAGCAUGUUAGAAUGUUUGUUAUUGUACAGAAGCUUACUAUAUAUCUUUAUCAACGUUAAGGCCUAUUGUGUUCUGGUAGUCCCUAUCUGCUGUCCUUAGCCUGUUUUGUUAAUGGCCACGUUCCAGAGCCGACUACAUUAGGUUCCAGAGCCGACUACAUUAGGUUCCAGAGCCGACUACAUUAGGUUCCAGAGCCGACUACAUUAGGUUACAGAGCCGACUACAUUAGGUUCCAGAGCCAACUACAUUAGGUUCCAGAGCCGACUACAUUAGGUUCCAGAGCCAACAACAUUAGGUUCCAGAGCUGACUACAUUAGGUUCCAGAGCCGACUACAUUAGGUUCCAGAGCCAACAACAUUAGGUUCCAGAGCCAACUACAUUAGGUUCCAGAGCUGACUACAUUAGGUUCCAGAGCUGACUACAUUAGGUUCCAGAGCCGACUACAUUAGGUUCCAGAGCCGACUACAUUAGGUUCCAGAGCCGACUACAUUAGGUUCCAGAGCCGACUACAUUAGGUUCCAGAGCCGACUACAUUAGGUUCCAGAGCUGACUACAUUAGGUUCCAGAGCUGACUACAUUACAGACGCCUACCAAAUCUCACAACACCUGAAUAGGUGAUUAACAUAUCAGCUGAUCACAUUCUAUGAUCUAACAAUCUGAUUGAUGCCUAACUGCGUAGUCGGUGAGGUGGCUCACAACCAUUGGUUGGUGGUUGAUGCAAAGCAACACCUGGAAUGUAGGUGGCCUGGAACGUGGCCGUUGUGGCUGAAUUCAUGUUAAAGGUACUGGGUGACUUAAUAAAUUGUAACCACUAUGACCACUAUGUCUAUCACAUAGGUCCAUCUCUCGUUGGUAGCCCUGAGUACAUUAUUUGUCCUCAUUUGUCAUUGUUUUCUCUGUAAUCUAGAUUAUAAUUAUUUUUACUUCACAGUAUGUAUCCCCUGUUUCAAAAGUUAUUUACAAAUACAUUUUGUGGAUGCUGGUCUGUACAUUCGAUGAUAGGAAUGGACGCUUUUUUUAGGAUGUGUUUUUAUAUGGAAAUACAUACAGUACUAUGAUUAUUUUUGAAUGACCCAAUAGGAUAAAACACAUUUUUAUUGUCGCUCUUUUGACACAGUCCUCUGAUGGUAAAUAAAUUCCACCAUCUUGAAAGGAAUUUUGAGAAAACCCAAAUAUUUUUUUUUCUUCAUACAAAUCCACAUUUGACAUGUAUAACAGAAACACACAUAAGUGCCGACAAUGAUUAUGCCGUUGUGCUACAUUUUCCUCAAAGAGGAUAAACAACAGAAUUGAAUGAGUCUGAAAUGUGUAUUCUUGUGUUCACACUGAAAUAAAGUAUUACAAUUUAAUCAGAUUAAAAACAAUGAUUAAGAUUAUGUGAGAACAAUGUAACUAAAUUAUAGACCACCAAUACAAAUAAAAUAAAAUUUUAUUGGUCA